UUUUCUCAUCAAAUAUAUAUUAGCAUAUAAAUUAUAUAUUACAAUAUUUUCAUUUUUAAGAAAAAAUUAUUGAGAAUAACUAUGAAGUUAUUUCAAAUGAUGAUAUUUUGUUUCUCUUUUAUCUAAGAAUUAUACAGUCACUAUAAAACAAAAUGAUCGAAAGAUUAGAAAAACGAAAUAUGCCUUUAUAGAAUCUCAGGUGGCACUUAUAAAAGGUUUCUCAUAAAACUUUUAGAAUUAUGUUCAACUUUAACACUAUCAGUCAUGCGAGCCAAUUUUGGUCUUGUACAAUUGCAUCUCUUCGUCGAUACAAAUGUCAAAAUAACCGUUUUCGAAGCCAUAGAUUUCUGUCCAGUACAAAAAAGGCAGAAAAGCCACCAUCUGAGGAAGAUAAACUUGUGACCGCCGAAAUUGCUAUUGUGAAAGAAUGCAAAACACCUCCAGAAGAACGAAAAACAGAUAUAAAACCAAGAUUACAAACUAUUCGGGUAUAUCGUUGGAAUCCAGAAAAGCCAAAUGUAAAACCAUAUAUGCAACAAUUUAGUGUGGAUUUAAAUAAAUGCAAUGGUACAAUGGUAUUAGAUGUAUUGGCAUUAAUAAAAGCAGAAUAUGAUCCCACGUUAUCCUAUCGAAAAUCCUGUCGUGAGGGAAUUUGUGGAUGUUGUGCAAUGAAUAUAAAUGGUGUCAAUAACUUGGCUUGCAUCACAAAAGCAUUAGAAUCAUCAAAGCCUAUAGUUAUUUAUCCUUUACCACACGCAUACGUAAUUAGAGAUUUAGUAACGGAUUUGGAACAAUAUUUGAAACAAUAUAAAAAUAUUGAACCAUUUUUAAAACGAACUGGAGAAGAUAAUUAUGUCGGUUUACGGCAAAUUCUACAGAGUCCAAGAGAUAGAGAUAAACUUAAUGGCUUAUACGAGUGUAUCUUAUGUGGAUGUUGUACUUUUGCUUGUCCACCGUAUUGGUGGCUCGGUGAUAAAUUUUUAGGUCCAUCAACUCUUUUGCAGGCUUAUAGGUGGAUAAUAGAUUCACGUGACAUGGGGCAUAAAGAAAGACUUAAUAAAUUACGUGAUUAUUACUCGGUAUAUCGAUGUCACACUAUUUUUAAUUGCACAAAAACUUGUCCGAAGGGUUUGAAUCCUGGAAAAGCAGUAGCUCAAAUAAAACGAUUGUUAGCGGGACUUGCUAAAAAAGAACGACCAGAUAUAGAAACUCCAAUUCCAAAUCCAUGUCGAGGCGAAGAAGAGUAUCCAUGUAGAGAGGAAUAGAUAAAAAUGAAAAAACGUGAUCAAUAAAACAUUACAUCUUUAUACGAUUUGUAAUUGUAUAUAAAUUGCAUUUUCUUAUUAUAUA